AAUGGAACCAACUCCUGAAACUGAGCCCCCAAAAAUCACCAAAAUAAUCUAUGAGAACGCAGAGUACAUCGGCGAGGUCAAGAAUGGCAAACGCCAUGGCAAGGGCAAGAUCACCUUCAGUGACGGCCGCGAGUACGAAGGUCUGUGGGAGGACGACCUCCGCAUUGGCUAUGGAGUUAAGAAAUAUUUGAAUGGCGAUCACUACGUAGGCAGCUUUUCCAUGGGCAAAGCUCAUGGUAAAGGCAUCUAUACGUGGCAAAACAGCGAUAUUUAUGACGGCGAGUGGAAAAACGGAGUCAAAGAAGGAAACGGCAUGUGGAAAGGGAUCAAUAACGAGUCAUAUAUCGGCGAAUGGAAAAACUCCAAAGCCGAUGGCUAUGGUGUCCAGGUCUGGGCUAGUGGAGACCGGUACGAAGGCGAGUGGACUCAAGGCCUUCGUAAUGGGAAUGGAACCAUGAUUUUUGCAAAUGGAGAUAUGUAUAUUGGUGAUCAUGUUAAAGGGAAAAUGCAUGGAGAAGGCCAAUAUAUUUGGAGAAAUGGUAGCAUAUAUAUUGGACAGUUUAAAAACGGGUUCAAGCAUGGGAAAGGAAAGUGGAAGUAAGGAUAAAAAUGAUCAAGAGUGUAAUCAGUAUGAUGGAGAAUACGAAAAUGAUGUCAAAAAUGGAUUUGGGGGGUAUAAAUGGAAGUCAGGAAAUGAGUACAAAGGCCGAUACAAAGACAAUUUAAGACACGGCUAUGGUGAAAUGUUCUGGACUGAUGGGUCAGUAUACAAAGGAAUGUGGCAUAAAGGAAUUCAACAUGGCAAAGGAAGAAUGGAGUUUCCGGAUGGUAACUUCAAAGAAGGAAUCUUUCAAAAUAAUAUCUUCCAAGGUCAGAUCUACAACAGAUUAAACCUCUAUCAGCAUCAGCCAAUGAAGAAUUCAAAUCAUUCUUCUCUAGAUCGACUUGCGAAUUCAACAGCUGUGACUUUUAACUCAACCAAGAACAAAUAAAUAUGGAGGGAGUUCAAACAAAGUAUUAUCAAAAUGUGCUCGAAACCCUUCAUCUGCGCAAGGAUUUGUUGAAAAACAUCAGAGAGCACCUCAUUCAAGCAUAAAAAUAUAACAAAAAACUUCAAAGCAGACUUUGGAAGAAAAUAUAACACAAAUUACAGACAUCGAGAAGUUCCAGAAAGAAUUCAGCUGAUCUCUGAGCAAAACUUAAGCAAUGGAUCCUCUAGCCUCUGCAGAGAAAGACUCUCAAUUGAGGAAAACAAGUUUAACACCUAUUACGGGGGCAACUUCCUUCAGAAUAGCCAUGCUCGCAAACAAGCAGCAUCGAGCAUAUCGACCAAAAGAAACAGAGUUAACCGGACAGUUACUCAAUCUUCUGAUCCUAACUCUCAAGCGAAGAGAGUCUUUAGCUUGCGGAAAUAAAACAAAAUCUAGUAAGAGAAAGUACAGGAAGGGCUUCAUCGAGCAAAACCUUAACAAAUCUAAGAACUCUUAUGCUACAAGCAAAAUCACCAAUGUCAUUGCCAAAAGUUAUAGAAAAAGAUCCAAAGAUGCACCUCCUGGGUCCAAAAGAGACGAAAAGAUCAUAAACAACCUCUCAAAAGUACUCCAUUCCACUCAGAUGAGGAUGCGUCAAAACAAGGAUAAGAAGUCUCUGCAAUCCUUGAUUUCACUGCAGCGCAAAAGACAAAUGGAGAAUUCUCUGCAGAGCUCCCAAAAUGGUUAACGAAAUUUCAUAAAUUAUUCCUCGGUU